UGUUAUGCUAGAGCUGCUUUUUUUCCCAAGGAUUUACUGUCUCUGCUAUUGCUUUCUGUUAGCUCUGCUCUGCUCCACAUGUCUGAGAUAACAAUGUUUAUUUCAGUUUUUUAGAAACCAGUUAGAUCAGAGUUUGAUUCCUGACAGAGAGUACAUGGCGGCAUGAGGACAUACAUUUUUAUACAGUUAAUGAGGAGAAGUUUUAUAUCUCAGUAUUUUAGUUGAUCUUUUCUCAUCUUUUAUUUGUCCCUCUCUGUCUAUGAUACAAUUGCGUUUUCUUUCAUUCAGAAGUAUGUGAUUCAGAUUUGAUGAAACUUUGAAAUAUGGGGUGUGACAUAGACCAUGGAAGUUCUGCCUCUCUUUUUGGAUUAUGACACUUCCUAACAUGAUUUCAGCAUCAACAUGAAUGCUGCACAUAUUUUGUUACUUCUGAUACUGUUGUAUUCCAGUACAUUGUGUGAGCAGCUCUCCCAGCUCUCUCUGCUUACACUUCUACAGAAAUACUGUGAGGCUCUCUCCGCUCUCUACAAUGUCACAGGUUUGUAUUGCAAUGCCACGACGGAUGAGAUUGGAACAUGUUGGCCAAGGAGCAACACCGGGCGGAUGGUGGAGAGACCCUGUCCCGAGUACAUCAAUGGGGUGAAGUACAACACAACAAGUCAUAACAUUUCAUUUGAAAUGUCUGGAAAGCGAAACUGGCAUAACUGGCUCAGGUGGAUGACUUGCAUGGAAUAUGGAUUCAGUAAUACAUCACUAUGGAGCGCAUACAGAGAAUGCAUAGAUAAUGGAACGUGGGCUCUGAAGAGCAACUACUCCAGUUGUGAACCCAUUUUGGAGGAGAAGAGGAAAUACCCAAUGCACUAUAAGAUUGCUCUGAUCAUCAACUACCUAGGCCACUGUAUUUCUGUGGGAGCUCUUGUUGUGGCCUUCAUUCUCUUCUUAUGCUUAAGGAGUAUAAGAUGCCUUCGAAACAUAAUCCACUGGAACUUGAUAACAACCUUCAUUUUGAGGAAUGUUAUGUGGUUCCUACUUCAGUUGAUUGACCACAAUAUACAUGAGAGCAAUGAGCCUUGGUGUCGCCUUAUAACAACGAUAUAUAACUAUUUUGUGGUGACCAAUUUUUUCUGGAUGUUUGUUGAAGGAUGCUACCUUCACACAGCCAUUGUGAUGACUUAUUCAACGGACAAGCUAAAAAAAUGGGUCUUCUUGUUCAUUGGCUGGUGCCUUCCAUGUCCUAUUAUUGUUGCUUGGGCCAUUGGGAAGCUUUAUAAUGAAAAUGAACAAUGCUGGUUUGGUAAAGAACCUGGAAAGUAUAUUGACUACAUUUAUCAAGGGCCGGUCAUCCUUGUCCUUUUGAUAAACUUCGUUUUCCUCUUCAACAUAGUAAGAAUCCUUAUGACCAAGUUGAGAGCUUCUACCACAUCAGAAACUAUACAGUACAGAAAAGCGGUAAAAGCGACAUUAGUGCUACUGCCUCUUCUGGGGAUCACCUACAUGCUAUUUUUUGUGAAUCCCGGGGAGGACGACAUCUCGCAAAUAGUUUUUAUUUAUUUCAAUUCAUUUCUACAGUCAUUUCAGGGGUUCUUUGUGUCAGUAUUCUACUGCUUUCUUAAUGGCGAGGUGCGCUCAGCAGCCAGGAAAAGAUGGCAUCGUUGGCAGGACAACCAUGCCCUGAGAGUGCGCGUGGCACGUGCCAUGUCCCUCCCCACCUCACCCACCAGGAUCAGCUUCCAUAGUAUAAAACAGACCACAGCCGUUUGACCAAGUUCAAAGGUCACCUUUGGAAAUGUAAUUUUUCUAGGGAAGAGACUUGUCUUGAAGCACCUCUCCAUAAACUUUGUCUAUUUCCUUUAUUUCUUACCCCAGCUGCAUAAGGACAGAUACAGAACGCUUUGAGGAAGAGACCAUUAGGAUUUCUGAAUUACAAUACUGUAACACGACCUCCUUGGACGUGUGACACAGAAGUAAAUUCAGAACAGAUGGGCCAUGCCGCCUCACCAAAUGCAGAGUCAAAGUCCCACUGACAAUGCAUUAAUAGCUGUUGUCAUGCUGUAGUACACCAGGUUGGAUUUUAAUAGGUCAGGAAGGUCAACCUUUCAAGGACCAAUCCUGACGAGGCAAAACAUGCAAUGUUAGUGUCAAAAGAGACCCUAAUCACUCUCAGUACUCUACUGUACUUGUAGCAGCAUUUAUCUCCAUAACCCUUAAUUGUUUCAUGUCUAUCAGAGGGCAGGGAUAAGCAGGAAUGUGCAUAAACAGUGCGGACACAGGAUGAAAUUGCAUUCUGUGUCUGUUGCAGACUGAGCUUGAGAUGCAAUGCGAGAGGUCAAAUUAUACUGUUAAUACCCAAGGAAAUAAGGAACGUGCAGAAUCAAAGUGAUAUCGUUUGGGUUGUCAUCAGUACCACUUUUUUUGCGUUGUCAAAAUGUCAUCCUAAGAGCUAUUCAAGUGUAUAAAUGUUUUCAGGCUAAUUUAUUUUAAGAUUGUUCCCUGCCAAUCACUCUCAAAUGCUUUUGAACAGCAUCAUGUCAAUGAUGUGUUUUUCUCACUUCUGUAUAGAAAACCCUAAGGCUGCUCUUAUGUGGAUGAGUAAUCAUAAAUCAAAGCUAUCUUUCACUGGGUUUGACUUCAGAUUAUAUAUAUUAUCUUAUGUAAAUAAUGGUGAUGGGACUGUGAUUCUGAUACUUUUACAUAACACUUAUUUAAACACUGAACAUUUAAAAACUG